AUGGCAUCGGACGUUUCCUCCCUGGGUGCAGCCGUCAGCUCUGGGAACCCUGGGCCGGGCACGCAAGCCGGAGGAGCCAUCGUCCAGAGGGCCAGCAAGAGGCGUCCUGGGCUUGAUUUUGAUGACGACGGAGAAGGGAACAGUAAAUUCCUCAGGUGUGAUGACGACCCCAUGCCAAACGAUAAGGAGAGAUUCGCCAGGUCUGAUGAUGAACAGAGUUCAGCGGAUAAGGAGAGACUUGCCAGGGAGAAUCACAGCGAGAUCGAGCGGAGGCGGAGGAACAAGAUGACCGCCUACAUCACGGAGCUGUCGGACAUGGUGCCCACCUGCAGCGCGCUGGCCCGCAAACCGGACAAGCUCACCAUCCUGCGCAUGGCCGUCUCGCACAUGAAGUCCCUGCGCGGCACGGGCAACACCUCCACCGACGGCACCUACAAACCCUCCUUUCUCACUGACCAGGAACUCAAACACCUCAUCCUAGAGGCAGCCGACGGCUUUCUCUUCAUAGUGUCCUGUGAGACCGGGAGGGUGGUGUACGUCUCGGACUCCGUGACUCCCGUCCUCAACCAGCCCCAGUCGGAAUGGUUCGGCAGCACCCUGUACGACCAGGUGCACCCGGACGACGUGGGCAAGCUGAGGGAGCAGCUCUCCACGUCGGAGAACGCCCUGACAGGUCGCAUCCUAGAUUUGAAGACGGGGACUGUCAAGAAGGAAGGCCAGCAGUCCAUGCGGAUGUGUAUGGGUUCACGAAGGUCCUUCAUCUGCCGAAUGAGGUGUGGCAACAGCUCGGUGGAUCCGGUCUCCGUCAAUCGUCUCAGCUUUAUGAGGAAUCGCUGCAGGAACGGCUUGGGUGCAGCGAAGGACGGCGAGCCUCACUACGUUGUGGUGCACUGCACGGGCUACAUCAAAGCCUGGCCCCCCGCAGGCGUCUCGCUGCCUGACGAUGACCCGGACGCUGGCCAGGGCAGCAAGUUUUGCCUCGUGGCUAUCGGCAGGCUCCAGGUCACCAGCUCGCCCAACUGCACGGACAUGAACAACGUUUGUCAGCCAACGGAAUUCAUCUCCCGGCACAACACCGAGGGCAUUUUCACCUUCAUAGACCACCGCUGCGUGGCGACGGUUGGCUACCAGCCGCAGGAACUUCUGGGCAAAGACAUUGUGGAUUUCUGCCACCCGGAAGACCAACAGCUUUUGCGGGACAGCUUUCAGCAGGUGGUGAAGUUAAAAGGCCAGGUUCUGUCAGUCAUGUUCCGAUUCCGAUCCAAAAACCGGGAAUGGCUCUGGAUGAGAACCAGCUCCUUUACCUUCCAGAACCCCUACUCGGAUGAAAUUGAGUACAUCAUCUGUACCAACACCAACGUCAAGAACUCAAGCCAGGAGUCUCGGCCUACCCUGUCAAACUCCAUGCAGAGGCCCCCGCUGGGGCAGAGCGUCAGCCUUCCCCUGGAGAUGGGCACGGCACAGCUGCCCGCAAGGCAGCAGCAGCAGCCACCACAACAGACCGAGCUGGAAGUGGUCCCGGGAAGAGAGAGCCUGUCUGGGUACGACCACUCGCAG